AUGUCCAGAUUCCCAGAAACGAAAGAAGCUAUUGCUGAGGUCCCUUCAACAAUAGCAACCUCUCGCAACGAUACUACCAAUGAGAACUCGAAUACACUAUCAACAACUCACUCCUGGCGAUUUUGGUUCAUCUUCUUUGCGCUAUGCCUCAUCUCUUUUGUAUGUAGUAUAGAUGCAACUAUUGUUGUGACAGCGCUGCCCACAAUUACGAGAGAAAUUGGAGGUGAAGAGCAAUACAUAUGGAUCGCCAAUUCAUUCGUUUUUGCGUCAACUGCACCUCAACCUCUCUUCGCUCAGAUUUCCAAUAUUCUGGGAAGACGCAAUCCAUUUAUUUUCGCUAUUUGCCUCUUUGCUCUUGGAAGCGGUCUUGCUGGCGGUGCCACAACUCCAGCUAUGCUCAUUGCCGGACGAACAAUACAAGGAGUUGGCGCAGGGAGCUGUUAUGUACUUCUUGAUGUUGUACUUUGCGACAUAGUGCCUCUCCGCCAAAGAGGCAAGUAUCUCGGUAUCAUGCUCGGGACUUCAGCGAUUGGGGUAACGAUAGGACCUCUCAUAGGUGGAGCUUUUGCCCAAGCCAGUUGGCGUUGGAUAUUCUACCUGAAUCUACCCUUUUCGGGCCUCUCUUUAGCUUUCGUUUUCGGUUUACUAAACAUGCGUUGGAAUCGGAGCCCAUCAUGGAAGCAUGCUCUAAAACGAGUUGACUUUCUUGGUAACGCAAUUCUUAUCCCAUCGAUCGUGGCGGUCAUGUUUGGUCUAACAUUUGGCGGUAUUCAUUACCCGUGGAACUCCUACCACAUCAUUGUUCCGCUUGUCUUAGGUCUCGCCGGAUGGAUUCUCUUUCAUCUUUACCAGGCAUCAUCAUUUUGCAAGGAGCCUAGUGUCCCUCCGCGUAUACUCAGCAAUCGAACGUCCGUCGUCGGCUACUUUCUCGUAUCUGUAUCUGGUCUUUUGCUUGAAUCGAUCGGGGUUUUCAUGCCAGUAUACUUUCAAGCUGUAUUCGGAUCAAGCCCUUUAAAGUCUGGUAUCUAA